CCAUGGUCUGGGCUCUCCUCCGUUGAUCGCUGACUGGGAUUUGCAGCUGCAUCUCAUGGAGGCAUUUCCUCAGCCGAGGCUCCUUCCUCUGAUGAAUUAGGCUUGUGUCAGCUUGACACACAAAACCAGCCGGUACACAGACACAUCUUUGAUGGCAAGCACAAAGUGCACUCUUAGAAGACAACGCUCUAUACUUUCGAAGCGCACCCUCAGAUGCGGACUUCCUCCAGCAAGACUACGCCUCCUAAACCUCCCCCCAAAUAGUGCCACCAGCUGCGGACCAGUGUUCAAGUGCCUGAACCCGGGGGUGUGGUGGGGGUGGGCUUCUCUUUCGAAGUGCCAGAGUUUUGUGAUCCGAGGUGACAAAGACGAACAAGCUGUGCUGUGUAGUCAAGACAAAACCUACGACCUGAAGAUAGCAGACACAUCCAAUAUGCUGCUUGUCAUCCCUGGCUGCAAGACGGCAGAGCAGCUGAAGAGGGAGGGAACGCAGGGAAACAUUGUUCACACUGAGAUCUUUGGUUUCUCUAACAAUUACUGGGAGUUGAGAAGAUGCAGACCUAAACUAAAAAAGCUAAAGAAACUUCUGAUGGAAAAUACCUAUGAAGGCCCCGACAGUCAUAAAGAAGAAGACCCAAGCCGCUCAAAAUAUACAACUGAAGAUUUGCUUGAUCAAAUUCAGGCAAGCGAGGAAGAAAUAAUGGCCCAGUUACAAGUCCUAAAUGCCUGUGAGAUUGGAGGUUAUUGGAGGAUUCUUGAAUUUGAUUAUGAGAUCCAACUUCUGAAUCAUGUGACUCAGCUUGUGGAUUCCGAAUCUUGGUCUUUUAGUAAAGUUCCCUUGAAUGUGUGCCUGCAGGAACUUGGACCUUUGCAGCCAGAGGAAAUGAUCGAACACUGUCUUAAAUGCUAUGGAAAGAAAUAUGUGGAGGAAGAUGAAGUUUAUUUUGAAUUGGAUGCCGACAAAAUAUGCAGAGUGACGGCUGAGAUGCUGUUGCAGAACGCUGUGAAGUUUAAUCUAGAUGAGUUUCAGGAAGUGUGGCAGCAGAGUGUCCCCGAGGGAAUGACAACUUGUCUUGAUCAGCUCAAGGGCUUAGCACUGGUGGAUAGAAACUCAAGACCAGAAAUCAUAUUUUUGCUCAAAGUAGAUGAUUUGCCUGAGGGAACACAGGAGCGCUUCAAUAGUCUGUUCUCUCUAAGAGAAAAGUGGACGGAAGAAGACAUCGCUCCGUAUAUCCGGGAUUUGUGUGGAGAGAAGCAAUCUAUAGGUGUGUUACUUACCAAAUUUUGUCGUUCUUCUGUGCAAAAUGGCGUGAAAGUUUAUAAUUCAAGAAGACUCAUUUCUUAAGAGAAUGGCACACCUUUUGGGUGGGGGACUAAAUUACUUUAUAAAGUUCCUGGAUAUAAUCAAAGAAGACUCUCUUUCAUACUUCUACUCCUGAGUUUUUUUAAAGAUUAAAUUUUACUUAUGAUUAUUGUAAAUGUACAUGAUGCGUGCAUGAGUACAUAUGCCACAACAUGUAUGUUGAGAUCAGAGGACUUCCCUGUAGUCUUUUUUUUCUCCUCCCACCUUUCAAGUUCAGAGGUCAAAUUCAGAUCGCCAGCUUCACUCAGCAAGCACCUUUACGUGCUGAGCCGCCCCGUUGGCCCUACCUAUUGUUGGCUUUUAAAACCAACUCUUUGAAUACCUUCUUCUCCUCUUCAGCAUUUUGAAACUAGUACCAUCUCCAGUACAACGAGAUAUCUGCAUAUUCUUCAGUGUACAUCUGUACAAUGCUCACUAAAUUCAAGUGCAAAAAGUUAAAACUGGAUGGUGGUGGCGCACGCCUUUAAUCCCAGCACUCAGGAGGCAGAGGCAGGCGGAUCUCUGAGGUUGAGGCCAGCCUGGGCUGCAGAGGAAGUCCAGGGCUACAUAGAAAAACCCUGUCUUGGAAAAAAAAUCUGUAUUUAUUUUAUCUUGAAGCCUGUAAGAUUCUAUGUGUAGAAAGUUCUGCUUUUUACAUAUAAACUCCAUGUCUUUAAUUAA